UUCAGGACGUCCAUUGAUAUCUUCGAGAGUCAUUGUACUACGAGUGUGUCCAUUCAUUAGCUUUUGCUCUCCUCAUUCUCUCUUUUUUCCCUUAGAGCGCCCCGUUUUUGUCAAAGUUGACGAGAUAAUACACACAUCUACAUAUUAUCUUGUCAACUUUAUUCCUUUCGGGCUAUCGAAGGACAUAUUGAUUGUGUCGUCUGUCGUGUGAGAAAGGAGAAAAAUGUCGGCCCUCGAACAGUUCAUUGAUGAUGCCACAUUGGUCGCUUCUGCCCCUUCCCUUCCCGUGCCGCCGUUCUGCUUUGGUGCAAAGGCGAAGGUUUUCCCGGACAAUGCUGCUGUCGCUAACUAUGAGAAAUCUGACUGGUCACCAUCCCUGUCCUCGACCCUGUACAGGGUUGAUGGGUGGGGCCCACCUUACUUCGCCGUCAACUCCUCCGGCAACAUCUCCAUCCGGCCCCAUGGCAAGGAGACAAUGCCUUCCCAGGAGAUUGACCUCUUGGAGAUCGCAAAGAAAGUAACUGAGCCCGUGUCCUCGGGUGGCUUAGGGUUAUGCCCGCCUUUCAUUGUGCGGUUCCCUGAGAUGCUCAAGCAUCGGCUCGAGUCCCUGCAGUCGGCUUUUGACUCAGCUAUUGCAUCUCAGGGCUAUGGGGCGCACUACCAAGGAGUAUUCCCCGUGAAAUGCAAUCAAGACAGGUUCAUUAUUGAGGAUAUUGUGAAGUUCGGGUCGCCGUUCAGGUUCGGACUGGAAGCCGGUUCAAAACCGGAGCUACUCCUUGCAAUGCAUUGCCUAUGCAAAGGUUCCCCCGAGGCAUUGCUGGUUUGCAAUGGGUUCAAGGACGCCGAGUACAUUUCUCUUGCACUUAUCGCAAGGAAGCUUGCUUUCAACACGGUGGUCGUUUUUGAGCAAGAGGAAGAGCUUGACCUAGUGAUUGAACUGAGCAAGAAGCUUGACAUUAGGCCUGUUGUUGGCGUGCGGGCCAAGCUAAGGACCAGGCACUCAGGCCAUUACGGGUCGACCUCAGGUGAGAAGGGCAAGUUUGGGCUUACCACGACGCAGAUACUACACAUCGUGAAAAAACUCGAGCAAGAAGGGAUGCUAGACUGCCUGCAACUGCUGCAUUUCCACAUUGGUUCCCAGAUCCCUACGACUGCAGUUGUUGCUGAUGGGGUCUCCGAGGCAGCUCAAAUCUAUUGUGAACUUGUUAGGCUCGGGGCAAACAUGCGAGUUGUAGACAUCGGGGGAGGACUUGGCAUUGACUAUGAUGGAAGCAAAGCUUCUGACUCUGAUGUUUCCGUUAGCUACACCCUAGAAGAAUACACUGAAACCGUUGUCAAAACCCUCCGCUCCAUCUGUGACAAAAGAUCCGUUACGCAUCCAGUGAUUUCCAGUGAGAGCGGCCGAGCCACCGUGUCUCAUCACACAGUUCUGAUCUUUGAGGUGUUCAAUUCAAGCUCACGCGAUUCAAACGCAGCUGAGUCAUCUCUUCUUGAGCAGCAGCGUUUCCUUGAUGGCCUUCGAGCAGAUGCACGAGCCGAGUACAUGAACCUUUUCUCUGCAGCCAUGAGGGGUGAUAACAACACAUGCCUGCACCACGCCAACCAGUUGAAGCAGCACUGCAUUCGCCAGUUCAAGCAGGGGGCCUUGUCUAUCGAGCAGCUGGCAGCAGUCGAUGGGUUGCACCUCAUGGUCUCUAAGGCCGCCAGUGAACCCUCGAGCCUUCCUGUGCAUACGUACCGCAUGAACCUUUCCAUAUUCACCUCAAUUCCCAACUACUGGGGCACGGGACACCUGUUCCCCAUAAUGCCCAUUCACCGGCUAGACCAGAGGCCGACCAUGAGAGGGAUGCUGUCGGAUUUAACCUGCGACAGCGAUGGGAAGCUCGCCACCUACAUCGGAGGAGAAUCUAGCUUGCCUUUGCAUGAACUGGAUGGGAACAAGAACGGACAUUACUACUUGGGUCUUUUCCUAGGAGGGGCCUACGAGGAGGCCCAAGGCCAGAUACACAACUUGUUCGGAGCACCCAAUGUGGUUCGCGUUGAGUCCGAAGCUGACAACCCCGGUGGUUUCAUAAUGACUAGUGCACUACUUGGCCCGAACAGCGGGGACCUCCUUCAGGCCAUGCGUCACGAGCCCAAGGCCAUGGUGGAAGCAUUCAGGCGCCGAGCAGAGGAGCUAGGUGCAGUCGGAGGCAACCAAGAUGGACUGGUAACUGAGGCUUUGGCGGGCGGGCUUGCACGCUUUGUCAGCAGCUGGCCCUAUCUCAUGGCGACUUCGACCUGGGGCAUGCCUCCUGUCACUGGCAAUGGCUUUUUCUGAGAACACGAGAUUUCUAAUAUACCAUUAUAAUCGGUAAAAGUCUUAUAUAGACUUAUAUGUAUCUGCAGACAAUAAUUAGCAAUUUCCAUUAGGAAAAUGCUAUGUGGAAACAUCACCAAUGUUAUCGUCUUAUAGUGGUCUCCUAAGUAUGUAUUACAUUACUGUGCGUCAAGUGAGGGAUGCACAGGAGACCAUGUCAGUGCUUGAGAUCUCAUUACUUGUAUUGUGUUUGAUCUCAUUAUAUGUAUUGUGUUUGAAUUGUGCGUUUUUUAAAAUUUUUUUCUGUAAAA